CCGGAGAGGAGAGAUAAUACCCCGGAGAGGACAAUGGAGAAGAGAAGAAUCACGGAGGAGGAACUCAACAACUUCCUGCACAACACGGGGGAAGUCCGGCACCGUCGUGUGGCCCGCAUGGUGGAGGAGGUGCAGAACGUCAUGCUGGAGCUGACAGCGCAGAUCAGUACCUGGGACUCCCGAUAUCAGAGCAUCUCCGACUCCGGCAUCCACAGCGAUCACAUAAAGGUUUUGGCCCCCUCGCAGCUCCUGGUCACGGUUCCCCUUAAAGGUCUCAGCGGCUUUCGGCAAAGACGUUCUCGCCGUUGGCGGUAUUACUCUCCCAGCGGCGUCCGCCUCCUGACCCCCAUCAUGGAGCCCGAGAAACUCCACCAAUGGCUGGAAGUGGAGCAGUUCCAGAAGAGCACCCCCCAGUGGCAUGAAGCUGAUGUCAACAUCCAGGGGGACUUGGUGCCGGCCCGGGUGGUGAAUGUCUUCCAUGGGCUCCUCCACCGAGCUAUCCCUACCUGUAACUUGUCUGACCGGGUGAGUGUGAUGGAGUCCGUGGGUCCCAUCAUCAGAGUGAACGUGGAGACUUCAAUCCAGACGGUGGAAGUGGACUUGGUUCCGGUAGUGGAAAACCCGGGGAGUUGGCCCAGGACGGCCCACUGGCCUCGGUUCUUCAAGCGUUGGCCCUCCAAAGACAAAGCACGAUGUGUAAAGUCCUUCGGCUUUGACCUCAUUGCUCGGACCAAUUACCACUGGCAGUUGUCCUUCCUGCGUGCUGAGCGCCUCCUGCUGGAAGGGUUGGAUGAGGACGGAGGGUGCCGCAUGAAAUGUUUGCGUGUUGUUCGGCAGUUGAAGGAGGACGUGUGGUGUCCUGGGAAUCGCCCCGUCAUCACGUCACAACAUCUCCAGAUGGUCCUCCUCUGGGAGUGUGAGCAGAACCCGUCCUCCAAGUCUUGGGUGGAUUUCGGUUCCUGUUUCCUCCGUCUUGUCCGCAGACUCCUGAAAUGUUCCAGACAACACUUCCUGCGCCAUUACUUCGUCCGACGCGCCAACCUGCUGAAAUAUGCCGACGCCAACCAGCUGGACAACCUCGCUGACAAACUGUCCCACUUCCUGCAGAGUCCUUCCCUGAGCAUUCACUUCACUGGCCCCUCCUCUACUUGUUAAAGACGG